AUGUCAACAAAUCAAAUUGAUGAUUCCCUUCGCUUUGACGGUCAAACCAUCUUGGUCACCGGAACCACCAAUGGACUUGGUCGCUCAACCAGCUUUGAGCUUGUUAAAAGGGGCGUUGAAACCCUCAUCAUGGGCGUCCGCAACGUAUCGCAGGGAGAGGCCUUGAAGAGAGAACUACUAGCUCUGGCACCUCAAGUAACAGUUCAUGUUGUUGAACUCCAACUUGACGACUUCGUUAGUGUCGUGGCAUUUAGCAAUCAUGUCGCGUCCCUCACGAGCGGACUCGAUGUCGCCGUCUUGAACGCAGGAGUCGGGGGCUACGACUUCAAACUCUCCAAAUCAGGCCACGAAAAUAUCAUACAGGUCAACGUCUACUCUAACACACUAUUGGCGCUAGAACUCCUGCGUCUACUAGAGCAGACAGCCAAGGAAAAGUCUCGGCCCUCCCGUUUGACGUGGGUGGGCAGUUUUGUACAAAUGGAUCACGGUCUGACAAAGAAGUCACUUGCACCCGAUGUCUCGAUCAUGAGCCAACUGGACAGUGUUGACAGGUUCGAUAAAAGCCGAUACCAGGACUCCAAGUUGAUGACCACCUUGAUCGUGGAACGCCUUGCGCAACAUGUCAACAAGGACUUGGUCAUUUUAAAUGAGGUGUCUCCCGGUCCUGCUUUAACCAACUUUGGCGCCACAUAUCCGGCAUACUUUCGCAUCGCUCUCUCGAUCGCUGGGCAUUUCAUCAACAAAGACAAGCAGAUCGCCAAUGGAGUCAAGAAUUAUCUCCAUGCGAUGGCCGUUGUUGGGCAAGAGUCUCAUGGGCAAUAUAUUAGCGACUACAAGCUCACGCCUCGGGCGCCUUUCACCAUGUCUGCAGAUGGGCACAGUGUAGGAGACAGUCUUUUCACAGAGCUAAUAGCUGAAUGCUAUAAGGCCGACGAAUCUUUGAAGCAUAUCUGA